AUGCACAGUUUCUAUUCCAAUUUCUUAGACACAUUCCUGGAAGUUAUAACGAAGGCACAUCGGACUCCGGUAGAAAAAUUUGAAUUUCCACUAACCUCAAAUCAGGAUUAUGGUUGGAAUACUCGACCUUUGGUAAGGAAUGGAUAUAUAUUAUUUGUAAAUUGUAUACAUUGUGUUUCCAAACUGCUGGCACUGGGUAUGGAUUUUAGUUGGGAAUAUGGAAAUCCAAUUUCAAUCUGUUCAUUUGUUAAGGUAUUUUUGGUUGCGUUCAUAGGUAUAUACAGUAUUCGGCUACGUUUACACUGACUGUACCGGAUAGUUUUUUGGAGCGACGUGAAAAAAUAUCUAUCCGUUAAUUCCGUUUCCCUUUUAGGAACGUUAUUUUCAGUGAAAUUAUUGCAAAAGAGAUGUUGUUUUGUUCAGGUUCGGAAAAGGCCGUUUUCCACUUCAAGCGUAUCGUACCGCGUAACGUAGCGAAAACGUUUUUAAAUUUCAAAAUUUCGUGAAGAUUGAUUGGUUAGUACUUCCGUAGUACGCCAAAAAGUUGACUUGCGACGAACUUUUUAUUUUGAUACGCGAAUACACCCGGAAGUACGUGGAUUUAUAGACCUCUUUUCAAUCUGCGCAUGCUCACCGAUACGUUACGGUACGGGCGACGUGGAAAACCGCCUAAAGUUGUACAUUCCGUAUCGGAUACCAUGGAUAAUAAAAUAAAUGGAUAGGACUCUAGCUGACGUAAGUAAAAACAACCUGGUUGCAAUCUGUGACGUCACACGUAUUGCAAAGUUCUCGGCAUUUUUGUUGUUUCGCUAUACUUUCCGCUUUAAUAAAAGAGUAAUAUUGAAGCAUAAACUGGUCUAAUUGUUUUAAAAACAUGCCUAAGCCACGACAAAGUAUUCAAGGUAAAUCUUUUUCGUCUUUGUUUUGUAUUUUUUUACAUUAAAUUUUGUAGCUACGAAAUUGACGAUGUAUUUUUCACUGUUUAGUGCUUGAAAUAUUUGCUAAAAUUGACUGGGAAUACUUAGAGAUUUCAUCGUAGAAUGGCGUAGUCAUAUUUAUUUGCUCUUUGACUAAAAUGUUUAGCUGUAUUAUUGCUAAACAUGCCGUUUUUGAGAAUUUGGUUUGCAACUAGGUUUUAACAUCCAACCACGCCAUCAGCCCAUUGAAAACAUUAGUUUCCUAUCCAUUUAUUUUAUUAUCCAUGCGGAUACUAAGGUGCUUUCGCGUCGCUAUACGGGAAGCUAACCGGUACAGUGUAAACGUAGCAUUAUAGAUGCGUGGACCGUAAGGAAAAUGGGAAACACUGUUUCAAUUGAUAGAUAUAGGGGCAGAGAAGUGACGAUUUUACUCGAAUACCGGGAAAAGGAAGAUUUGAUUGAUCUUCCAAGGUUCUCAAGCAUAUACAGUAAUAAUGUCGCAACAGGGUGAGGGUAAUAAGGACUGGAGCUGACUUGUACCCACUCCCUGAAUGAGGAUUGAUCAUUCCUCCAUGAUGGAAUGAUUAAGCCUUAUCAAACAGGUGGGCAAUUUGUCUGCGCAUGCGCGAAGAAAAUCAAUAUGGCGAAAUAUAUUAGGAGUGUUUCGUGAAUUUAUCUGGUUUUAAGCUGAUAAAACAACAUUUUAAUGAACGCAAACUUUGUAAUAUUUAGUGGAAAACAUUAAGCUAUGCAUUCCAAAGGUUUUUAAUUGAAAAUAAGUACAGGCAAGGUCAUUUUUUUGCAAAAAUGUAAUCUAUUAUUUUACCCAUCAUUUGUUUAAUCUGAACAGAAAUAGAUAGAACACUUGGCUAUAUAAGUUACAAAGGUAUUGUUAGCUGAUCUAAAAAAAAUUCAGUAUUCCUGGUACACAUUUUAACAAAGAAUAAAAUGUAAUUUCAAAAAUUAAAUAUGCAUAUCAAAAACAAUAGUUUUUAUUAGAACAACAUAUAAUAAGUUGUUAUUUUCUAUUUUUACAAAAACAAGUUUGGAAACAGGAUUUAGCCCUCCAGCUUGAUGUCAUAUUCCAUUUAUUUGGAUAUUUCAAUAAAGAAUGUGAAAUAAUAAUUCAAUCUUGUGCAAAAUUUGAUACCAACACACAUGUAAACAGAUAUUAUCACCUAAAAAUAAAAUAAAACAGAACUUAAAUUUAUCAUCUAAUGCUAUGAAAAAAAUCUUAGAUACUACAGGCAUAUAGUGAGCACAAUUCUUUGACAAGCUCACUAAAAUAAGUUAAGUUAUGCUAUGAUAAGAGCAGUGAUGUUUUCCAGGGGGAACGCCGUCCCCCCACCUUUUUUACCAGGGGAACGGCGUCCCCCCUGCCAAAAUCAAACAUGGGGGAACGGCGUUCCCCCUGGCAGGGAUUAAAUAUGAGUGAAAUUCAGUGAACGCUGUUCGACACCGUCCAAAUAAUUUUGGCUAUCACUUGUACAGUCAGUACAGACGUUGUACUACAUACGUGAUAUUUUUGACAAUAAUUGCUCCGCAGUCCUACGUAGAAAUACUUCAGAAUGUAAUUUUGUCACUAUUUUAAUCUCCCUGGAACUUGAUAUACUUGCAGAAAAUUCUAGCAGACUAGCUUGAUAUAACUACUUAUUGUCACAAGUGUGGAUAACGUCAGGCAGCAGCCCAGCAGGAUAUAAUUACUCUAGUCUUUCGCGCAAUCGCGAAAUUAAUUAAACAUUAAAAUGAUCAAUUGGAACAUAAAAUGAUUCAAUAAGAACAUUAACAUGAUUAAAUGGGAAAAAUUCAAGGAUAUUUAUUAUCUAAGCUUAUUUAGUUACUCGCAAAAAUGUCAUAUUUAACUUGCAAAGUUGCCUGCUUGCCGAGUUGCCGCAUACUCAGUGCUCGCAUAGCGCUAAUUGCAUCGUCGAAAUUCGAAAAACAACGUAGUUUUAUUUACUUUUUGGCAUCUACUGCGAGCAAGCUAGGUGUUUUUUAGGUAUCAUGUUCUACUAAAUCCACUUCAAAGAUUAAGCUAUUACGAGUAUGUACUUGUUCGCUAUGACCGUGCAUGAGGCCACGCCCAAUCGAGUGACCACGCCCAUUUGAUUUUCAAGAGCGUCCCCCCACUUCUAAAAUUAGGAAAACAUCGCUGGAUAAGAGGGUGGCAAUAUAUGACAACAUCAAAUGUCACCAUAUUCAGUGUCCAAAAAAAGUGCCGCGCGCAUUUUUCAUGGUCGCAUAACUGGUAUUGCCACAAACCCAGGUAAAAAAGCAAUUAGAAAAACCUGGUUUUGGGUGAUGAGCAUAGUCAAAUUCUUGACUUAUACAACUUUCUAAGUUUUUCCAGGUAAACAGAUUCAACAUUGAAAUAAGCCCCAUUCGGAACCUCAUAGAAACCAAAAUAUUGUGUAUGGACCAGAUUUUCUGUGAUUUACAUGACACUAGUUAUAAUUUAAGGGUCAACCAGUAUUGUUCAAGACAUAUCUUCCUUCCAGAACACCUUUUCAAAAUACUAACCCAAACAUGUCAAAAAUAGUGCACAUUUACAAGGGCAAUUUCAACCCUUUGGCACAUUUUUCCCAUGAAUGAUUUUAAUUCUAAUAAAAAGACUACAGAUAAAGCUUUGAUUUAAAGCUAGUUUCAAGUGAUGAGCAUACCCUAAUUUUUAAGCUAAACCUCAAGGAAGAUAGGUCAUUUCAACAUAAACAUUGAAAUAUGGGUAUACUGACAGCUCUGUCACACUUGUAGUUUGGCAUUAACAGCCCUUCUGAAACAUUUUAAUGAAAAUAUAAUUCACAAAAUUCACACUUUCACUUACUUCUUAACAUCUGUUUUAUCCAACUAGCUCUGUAGGCACGAGCAAAAUCUAGUGUUGAUGUAAAUAUCCAUUUAGUUCAUGCGGUUUCCCAGGUGAAAAUAUAGUCUAUUCCAAAGCUGGAUUUCGACAUACUUUAGCUUUUCAGAAACCGUUGGCCUUCCUCAGUAAGAUUAUCAACUGUUUCACAAACAUAUUUGAUAGUAAACAGCUAAAAUAUUCUCUGAAAGUCUGUAUUUUUCACUCUUCGACGCGAAAAUGGCAACUCGAGAAGAAAUGAGCCGCUAUUUUUGGUCAGCGUCGACAAAUUGCCCACCUGUUGCCUUAUCACACUCUUCAGUCCACUGAUUUCUAUAUGUACUAUUAUGUAUAAUUUACAGCCUUGGCGACUGGGUACGAGUCCGGGAGUGCAGUGCAUUUGUAAAAAAUUGUGAAAUAUCCGUACGGAUCUGACCCUAUAUAGCCUUAGGAAAAUAUCAAUCAGCUUAUUAGUUUUAAAACAGGGUUCAAGUCAACAUUUAAUAACCCUAAAUAAAUUGUACCGUGCCUUAUCUAAGCCGUGCAUGUUUUAUUCAUACACCACACCCGAACCUGCUUACCGUAGUAAACGUACAAACGUGCUUACCGCUGUGAACGUACAAACUUCGUGCCAAUGCAUGACGUGUUUUAUGUGUUUUCCAUAGAUUGAUGGACAGCGUACAGAUCCCAGAUUACAUCACCCAAGACAAAAUUCUGAAGUGACUAAGUACAUGGACGUGGCAUGGAGAGUGAAAGAACAAUCAGAAAAUAUGAAUUAAAGAUAACUGAAUUAUCCUAACUAAAAUAACGCAUCAUUUGUAUUUUAUUAAUUUUGCUAUUUAAUUUAAUUAGUAUUCUUCCAAUUUGGACGCUAUAUAAUUUAAUUAUAAUGCAUCAUUGAUAUUUGGCAAAAUGACUUGUCAAUUAGCAUGAUCGACACGCACACUCUGUAUAUAUAAAGCACGAUGUAUUUAUGUUUGGUGUCGUAUAAUGAAAUUUAGAUUAUCAUACUAUGUAAU